AUGAAUGUGUUGCAGAAUUACACGGAUUUGAUCGGAGAGAUAAAAAAAUUGCGAACCGAAAAAGCGAUCCUGGAACAUGAGCAUCUACAACUUGCAAGGCAGUUUACGCUAGAUUCAAUGGUGCCCGGUGGUCUAAACCAAACCCUAAAAGAUGAAUUCUUGCGUAAAAAUAAGGAACUAUCAGAGCAGAGAUGGGCAGUAAAGGCGAAGUACGAGACGUCGUGGGACGCUUUUUGCAACUUGCAUAAAACUUAUAUGGGCGCAGUGAUAGAGGCAACGACGGCACGCGGUGUUAUCGCAAAAAUUCGAUCGGCUCUGAGACUAUUUUCACGAAAUUGA